AUGAACGCCGCGGUUCAGAUCGGAGGACCCUCCCGCAUCACUCUCGAAGACCUGAUGAGCAGCUCCGGGCGCUCUAGGGUCACGACGGACGGCGCGGCAUCGACCAACACAGCGGCUCGAGCUCGACGACGAAGGGGCAGGCGACAGCAACAUGCGACCGUGGUGCCUUCGGAUCAAACUCCCGGCGACGGGCUGAUGUCCUUGAUGACGCGGACCUCGCACCCUUGCGCUGCUCCGCCGACGAUCGAAAGUCAGCGCCGCAAGCGCCAGGAGUCCCGCGUUGCAAGUCACCAGCGAUGGCCCACGGCACGAGGCGCGCGAUCCGGUUCGGGCAUCGGACGGGGCGUAUUCAGCUUCGCGGAGAUGGUUCGCCCGCCGGAGCAGGAUCCCCAUCCUCCUGCGGCGGCGGCGGCGGCGGCAACGGCGGCUAUCGACGACGACCGUCUGCCGCACCUUCUGCAUCGCUAG